GAUUAGGGGCUUGGGAUGGACGGAUGGAACAUUCAAUGAAAAUAAAAACGAAAUUUUCGGCAAACGAAGAGAGAGAGUGAGAGAGAGAGAAAAAAGGAAAAAAUAAAUAAAUAAGAAAAACAAAAAGAGAGAGAGAGAGAGAAAAGCAGAUAAAAGUUUUUUGAUUUUUGAUUUUUAAUAAAAAAAAAUUAUUUUUAUUGAUCGGUGUGCGAAGACAGGGAAGGAACCGAGAAAAUUCCGAGUAAAUUGAUUUAUUUAUUUUUUGUUUCUUCUUCUUCUAGGGUUUCGGAAUUUUCCAGUCAUCCAAACGAACAAUAAUGGCGCGGGUGUAUUUUCCGCGAAAAUAAGGCGUGGAAUAAUAUAUCAGCUUGUUGUUGAUUAUUAUUAUUUUUUUUUUGUUGAUUAUUUUUUUCGUUUUUAUUUUAAUUUUUCUCGGUAGACAAACGAAAAGUUUCUGUUGUAUCGGAAAGUGGGGAGAGAGAGAGAGAGAGAGAGAGAGAGAGAGAGAGAGAGAGAGAAACAGAGAGAGAGAGAGAGAGAGAGAGAGAAGAUGAUGGCCAUGGCGACUUCAUCGUCGUCUUCUUCAGCUACAGUAGCUGUGGAGAAAGCGACGAGCGAUCUUCUAAUAAGCCCUGAUUGGACUAUGAACAUCGAUAUCUGUGACUCCGUCAAUUCUCAUCACUGGCAGGCAAAAGAUGUAGUAAAAGCUUUGAAAAGAAGGUUGCAGCAUAGGAAUUCUAAAGUUCAGCUACUCUCGUUAACGCUUUUGGAGACAAUGGUGAAGAACUGUGGUGAUUAUGUCCAUUUUCAAAUCGCUGAGAGAAAUAUACUAGGGGAGAUGAUCAAAAUUGUGAGAAAGAAGGCAGAUAUGCAAGUGAGGGAGAAAAUAUUGGUUUUGCUAGACUCUUGGCAAGAAGCGUUUGGUGGGCCUGGGGGAAAAUAUCCUCAGUACUACUGGGCAUAUGAAGAACUAAGGCGUUCUGGAGUAGUAUUUCCCAAGCGUUCAUUAGAUGCUGCACCACCAAUACUUACACCUCCUGUUACACCCCCAAGCCAGGGAUAUGCUCAACCUGGAUUUGGAAUGCCUAGCAAUUCUGCUAGAAGGCUUGAUGAAACUAUGGCAACAGAGAUUGAAAGUUUAAGUUUGUCAAGCAUGGAUUCCAUGCGGAAUGUUGUGGAUCUCCUGAGUGACAUGCUGCAAGCAGUGACCCCUGGUGAUCGUGAGGCUGUAAAAGAUGAAGUGAUAGUUGACCUUGUAAACCGGUGUCGUGCCAACCAGAAAAAGUUGAUGCAGAUGCUAACUUCAACUGGAGAUGAGGAACUUCUUGGCCGGGGCCUUGAAUUGAAUGACAUUCUUCAAAAUUUGCUUGCAAAGCAUGAUGCCAUAGCUUCUGGUUCUCCUUUGCCAAAUCAAGUUACAAAUGUCAGCCCCCAACGCACUGAAACAAGUGCAUCUAGCCUCAAACAGUCAGAAGUUAGAGACUCCAGCCCGAGAGACCUUAGUCCAAGGCCAAAUCCUAUUCCUUCUCCACCUGCUUCUACUAUGACAAGGAGCCAGAUCGAUGAAGAUGAAGAAGAGGAAGAUGAAUUUGCACAGCUAGCUCGAAGGCAUUCUAAAGGACAGCCCAUGGCUUCCCCAAGCAGUUCUAAUGGCAACAAUGGCAGUCUGGCAAUAGUGAGCACAAGCAGCACAACAGUUCCACCUGCACACACAACCUCAACUCCUGGUCCGAGCAACGCAUUAGUUCUACCUGACCCACCUGCACCAGUAAAGACCAAGGAGCAGGACAUACUUGACCUCCUGAGUCUCACAUUGACAACAACAGAAGCCUCCCCCCAUGUCUCCCCUGAUCCACCUUCUAACCAAAACUUGCAUCAGGUACCUGUUUCCCCUAGCAAUCAAGGGUAUCAACAGGCUUCCCCUAGCAAUCAAGGGUAUCAACAUGCUUCCCCCAGCAACCAGGGGUAUCCACAAGGUUCCCAAACUUAUCAGGGUCAGAACCAAUACAACAGUUACGUUGCUCCAUGGGCCCGACCUCAGCCCCAACUAUCACAAUCUGGACCACAACCACAGUUGCAACCUCAUCCUCAGGUUCAUUCACAGCCACACUUGCAGCCACCUCACUAUUCGACCGGUUAUCCCCCUCCACCAUGGGCAGCUACCCCUGGUUAUUUUAACAGUCAGAAUCAAAUGACCUCUAAUAUGUUUUUGACUCCUCGUGCCAAUACAACUAGACCUUAUACUCCGGUGCAAGGGGUUAGACCUUUGCAGCACCAUAAUUCUUUCCCAUCAAGAGAAAUUAAUGGUUCAGCUAUUCAUGGAGAUUUCCCGACAAGUACCACAUCACAGAACUCUACCCCUGCAGCGGGACAAAAGCCUUAUAUUCCCCCAUACCGAUUAUUUGAAGAUCUGAAUGUUUUUGGCAGUGCAGAUGGAAAGCUUAAGAUGACAAGCAGUGGCAUGUCAUCUAGCUUGGCAGGGGCUUCCGGCCCAAGCAUGGUUGGUGGCAGUAAAUGAAAUGCUAUGGUACGGUUUACUGAACAAAAUUACGUAAUAUAUUUCCUUGUGAAUAUUUGAUGUAAUGAAAUAGGGUUGGUUUGAUGAGUUCUCAAGAGUCUUCAUGUUCUGUAGCCAUUUCCUAUGACUGACCUAUCUAGCAUUUCUCUAGAUGAAUAUUAAGACUUUGGAAUAUGAAUUGUCAGCAUGAGACCGUUAUGUUAUAUACGUUGAUUUUUUAUUAA